AUGAAACUGGAGUGGUGUCUUCGGUGGGUUGACAGCUUGGCAAGGUACCUUCCCUGCUUAGAGUUCUGCAGAAAUCCUACAAAGAAACGGAGAUGCAGGAAUUCUUCGCGAGGAAGUGGGGCAACAAACACAUCACAGGGAAAACCUAAUGUAAAUGUACUUAAGGACAAUAAGAAAGUGGUUCAUCCAAAGAGUCGGAAAGCAAAAAAAUUGAAUAAGCAGUUCUGUAGGUCUUUGAAAAUGCAAAAACGUCGUAGUGAAAGUAACAUGAAGCUACAAGUUUUAGGUGAUAAAUUGCUAUGGUUCAAAGAAAAUAUGGAUUCUUCAUUAGAAAAAUAUACAUCUAUGGAUAUGCUUAAUUUGAUUGAGAGGUAUAUUGAUCGUAACUUGGGAGAGCUGGAGCAAAUAUCCCUGAAACAAAGCAUUGCUGGAAGAAAUUUUAAUCAGCAUGCCAGUCGUAAAGAUAGAAUAAAUAUAACUUACGAAAAUGAAAAAGAUCUAUUCACUGGAGCAGGAUUUGAAACCAUUGAUUUACUGAAUCCUGAAUCACUGAAAAUCUUCAAGGCUUGGAAUGGAGAACUUCGUUACCUAACAAAUUUUAAACUAAGAAGAUUCAAAAAACAAGCUUUGGAAGGUGAAUCUAAAGAGACAGAAGAUGCAGCAGUUUCAGCUGUAGAUGAAAUGGAAGCAGUGGAAGAAAUGGAAGAUAGUGAUAAUGAAGACGACGAUGAUCAAGAGGAGAGCUGAUUGUUUAUGUUAAGGAACAAAUGUGUUUUGGUAUCAUAUCGUAAUGGAUUGUUGGAUAUUUUUUCCUUUUUUAUUGUUAAUUAUUGAUGCAAAUAAUUACUUAAGAGAAAAUUACCAAAUGCAUGUCACUGAGCAAACCAUAAAUUUGUGUUAUUUACCA